UUCGACGAGUCCAUGAACGGGUUCUCUGACUCCUCGACCUCCCUCGUCCUUCUCGCCUCCUGUAUCCGCGAGAUCACCUCCACCAUCAACGCCGUCUGCCCCAACCUCGGUACACCCCACGGUACCUCCCCAUUCUGCACGCUCUCCCCCGCACUCUCCUUCCUACCACCCGGCUCGCUCAUCAGCGCCACCGCAACCAUCUCCGCAUCCCUCGUCCAAAACUCCGGCACGAACUUCGACACCGCACGCAAGACGGCGAGAUGGUGCGCUACCGCCAGCUCGCGGGUGGCUGCUGCACAUGCAAAGAGGGGCUUGAAGAAGACCUGCGGGUACGUGCGCGAGAGAAGGUCGAGAAGCGCGGACAGCGGUGCACUAUUGGCGGCGGGUGGGUCCUCGACGAGGCGAUCGUUCAGCACGGGCACGAAGUACGUUGCAAGCGGCUUGCGCAUUGGCUCCGGCGCCGCACGCAUAACGGCGCUCAAGAUGGCGAGCACGCGCGGCCAAUCGUCCUUUGAAAUCACAUCCUUCAUCGUUGUCUCGACCGAUACACGCAGCUCUGCAUUCGCGUGCCAUGCCCCCACAAGCUCCGCCGCCCACUGCAUCAGCUCCCGACUGCCACUAAUGCAGAGCAACUCGAACGCGAUGCGGACAACGUUGCUGCGCGCCUCAGACGCCAGUGUAUCCGAUAGUCGAGCGAGCUCGUCGACGACGCGGCGCUGUACGUGGUACAUGGCGAGCUGAGCGGCCGAUACCUUGCCUUCC